AAAUAAAGUGACAGGCUGGUCACACUUUAAGCAGUCGAAAAAUUAUGUAUACAAUUAAAUAAAUAUACAAUGAGUUGUUGUUAAUUAACCAGCAAUAUGAAUAAUUGCAUUGUCGAGGUGGAGUACGAAUAUGUUGUGUUAAAAAUUAACGGUUAUGAUAUUAGCCAUUUGCCGUGGUAUGAAGCGGUUCAAAAGUUCCUUCAAGCCAAAGAAACGAUAGUAGUUGAAUUGUGCAGACAGAAGCACAAUGAGUUAGAUUGCACCAACGCUAAACUAUCAGAUGUGGAUAAAACCGUUCCGAAUGCUCUGCAAUCAACCACAUGCGAAUCAGAUUUAUCUGCCCAAACUGAAAAUACAGCCAAUGCGGUGCCUACAGCAACUGCAAAUGACUCUCAGCUAGUGGACGCUACGUCAAUAAUACCAGCACCUUUGGAUGUAACAGCAAAAAAAAGUCCUGUUAUUUUGACUCUGCGUGCUUUAAGCCAUGAAGAACGUUUGGGCAAUGCUACAGCAUUGGCCGCUUCGAAGGAAACGCAAACGCAACCUGCCAACGACACAGAUGUUUUGAGGGAUCAUGAUUUUGUUCAGACUAUAACCAACCACUUCAUUGAGCAGGAACACCACUUGUUUGAACAAUGCCUUGAACCGGAAAUCGAUAUUGAGGAAGUAACCCUCAUUAAAGCGGUUGAAAAUUCAACGAACACUCAAAUCGGGCUGAUUAUUUGCUCAUCUGGAUUUCAGUCGACAUGCAUUGAUACGAAUAAAGGUGAUAUACUGUGCAAUGAUUCAGAACACUGCGAGGAUGUGUUUAUUAGUGGCAUACAACCGGAAAGUAUAGCUCAUAGAGAUGGGCGCCUUCGACAGGGUGAUCAAAUUCUUCGUAUUAACGGCGUGGAUGUUAAAAACCAGGAAGAGGUAGAAAAUCAGAUAGCCGAGAGUAGCACCGCUGUAACGCUCCUAGUUAGUCGAAUUCUAUACCCUGAAGACGAGGAUGACGAAGACAUUCAUUUUGAAUAUGCCAAUUCAUUUAUACCAGAUGACUACACAAAUGUAGUGGAUAAAUUGGAUAAGGUAUUAUUAAGCCACGUACAGUCUUUUGAAGAACUAUCAAAUGAAACCGGCGAGCAUUCAUCCGACUUAAAAGUUCAAACUUCUUCUCUGCCAGACAAAUUUGUAGACCAAUCCAGCAAGUUGUGUGGUAAAACAAAGAUUCGUCCGGAUGCAAUCCAAACGGAUAACCAAAAAACUUUAAAGCAAUCUUUAAGCAAAAAUCAAGUUCAUCUCCAACAUGAGUACGACGAAAGCGAGCACAUUUACGAGACUAUUCCAGAAGAUUCUGAGUCUGAACCACUUUACUGUUCCCCGUAUCAAAGUUCAAACGGCAAGUCGUCAAUGGGCUGUUGUUCAUCCGCAAUAUCAACGACUCCGGCUGAAGUAUUAGAAACGACAAUGCAGCAACAAACUCAACGAGUUGCACAGUGGUUAGGUUUAAAGCCACAAUAUCCGAGAACUAUUCACACUCUUGUUGGCCGUCCUGCGCCACUAAAAUUAACCCAACAACCAAAUUGCAGUCGUGUUUUUACAUUACGCAGCACAUUGACAAACACAAGCCGAUCCAGCAGUAGUGGAGUUGCUUACAGUGGUUAUGGACCAAAUAAUAUUCUUGGUGCAAACUUAGCUUUUGGCGAAGAGGUUGAUAACUCCUCAAGUGCCUAUAAUACUGGUGGCUCAAACAAUAGCGCCUCGCCGCAUCAAAAUACUACAAAUGCUGAUGAUGAUAUCACUGCCAACCACAAUCUAGAGAGCAGAGUGAUCGAUGGCCGCAGGGAAGCUUUAGAUACAACUGCUGUAAGCAGUAUGUUGCUUUUACCUUUUGGUAAAUCCGGUCGAAUCGGUCUCUGUUCUUCGAACAUGUCCACAUCGUAUGUCAACGAGAAACAAGGCAAGGCAACCUACGAAAGUCAAAUUCUCGUUAAAAGCAACCACAACGUAUUAGGAGUCAAACAAACUGAGGAAUCAUAUAGCCAUUGUCCCCAGUUUAACGCACCCAAUUUGAGUAGCUACCACUUCGUAAGUAGUCAAGAGGUUGCAAACCGGUGUCAUGAUUCCACAAAUUCAAAACCAAAUUCUGCAUUGCUUAACAAUGAAAAUAGUGAAGAAAUACCAAUGGUUUGGAAGGUUAAGCGGCGCCCAGAUGGAACGCGAUACAUUGUAAAGCGGCCAGUACGUAAUCGCCCCCAAGUUGCUAUUCGAAAAAAUGUGCGAUGCAACGAACUUACAACAACGGAGGAGGAUACAGUAUCUGAAGUAAAAAUUGGUCGUUAUUGGACAAAGGAAGAACGAAAGCGACACAUUGAACGAGCUCGAGAGAGGCGUCACCAUCAGACACAGCAACAACAGCUACAGUAAUAUUUUCCUCUUACAUAAUUUAAGUAUUACACAGCUUUACAUGAGUUUUCGAAUAAAAAAGUUGUUUUUUAAGCGACUAACGCUUUUGCAAAAGUUUUAAAUCAUGCUUCGUUGUCCGGCUACCGAAAAUUAAAGAUAUUUAUGACUAACAGUUUUACGAUAGGGUUACGCUAGUGCAUAAUCAAGAUUUGUAAAAAAUGUCCUAAAAAUGUGUGCGUAAUGGAAAUGUAGCUUUGAUAUAUAUAUUUUAUUUUCAUUUUUUAUAGAACUUGACCAUGAGCUAGAUUUUCGUCAUCUUUGGCAGUUCAUAUACAGCGCAUUAAUGUAAAAUAUUGUCAAGGAUCUUUCCACAUAUAUGUUUUGUUGUAAAUUGUUCCUAAACAGUUAUUUGUUAGAGUAACCCCAGCCAUGCACACAGUCUUCGUUAAUGCUGAAAAAUUAUGUACAGCAUAUAAAUACAAAUUAAGUAAUUUUAAAAAACAUAUUUGUAAACUUCAACAUAAUAAUGGAAGUUUUUCUAUGGUAAAAAGAUUAAAAUUGUUUAUUUAAAAUAAAGAAAGGGCGUAAAAUAGUUUA